UUAUUUCGCACGUAAUACAGUCUAGGCAACUUUCAGGGUUGAUGCUUCCUUUUCAGAACGCCUCGCUCGAUAUGUAACUUACAUACGUGUGUAAAUAGAUUAGAUUAUCGUUAUUAAAUAAUUGAAUAAUACACUCGUUCUUCGGUUUCUCGCGGUGUGAUUUUUAUACGUGCCGAUUUAUUCAUAAGUUCUGUCAUCCGACAACAUCGGAAUAUGAAAUGGCAAGGCUCGUAGUGUGUAUGGUGUUAGUUUAUUUAGGUACAUGUUGUAAUAUAUUAAAUGCAGAUGGAAAUCAUGACAAUGUUAGUGAUACAAUACAGAAACCACCAUACAAAAGUCCAGAACCUUCUGGCUUUGCUUAUUUAGCAGAGCACUUUGACAAUGAAGAAAGGUUCAAGAACACUUGGGUGUUGUCAGAAACAAAGAAGGACGAUAUCGAUGAGGAUAUCGCAAAAUAUGAUGGAAUCUGGUCCAUCGAAGAACUGAAAAGACACGCUGAGAGUGGAGAUCAUGGACUAGUGCUUAAGAGCAAAGCUAGACACGCUGCCGUUUCUACUUUAUUAUCUAAGCCAUUUUAUUUUAAAGACAAGCCUUUAAUUGUACAAUAUGAAGUUAAUUUCCAAGAAGGACAGGAAUGUGGUGGUGCCUACCUUAAGCUACUCACAUUAGAUGAUAAACAUGAUGACUUGAAGCAGUUUCAUGAUAAAACACCAUACACUAUAAUGUUUGGGCCUGAUAAAUGUGGUAAUGAUCACAAGCUGCAUUUUAUAUUCCGGCACAAGAAUCCACUGAAUGGUACAAUCACGGAAAAGCACUGUAAGAAAGCGAAAGAUCGACUGGAAGACUACUUCAAAGAUAAAAAGCCGCAUUUGUAUACCCUGAUUAUACGGCCUGAUAACACAUACGUGAUCAAAGUGGACAAUACAAUACUAAAUUUGGGCUCGUUGCUGGACGAUUUUGCUCCGCCAGUAAAUCCGCCUCUGGAAAUAGAGGAUCCCGACGACAAGCAACCCGAGUAUUGGGACGACAGAGAAAAGAUUCCCGACCCGUUAGCAGUUAAGCCGGAUGACUGGGACGAAGAUGCACCGGUACAAAUCGUCGACGAAACUGAUAUUAUACCCGAGGGAUGGCUCGAGGAUGAGCCGCCCACGAUACCGAAUUCCGACUCGGUCAAACCCGAUGACUGGGAUGAUGUGAUGGAUGGUGAAUGGGAGGCACCGGAAAUACCGAACCCGAAAUGCGCCGACGCCCCCGGUUGCGGUCCGUACAAGCAGAAAAUGAAGAAGAAUCCGCGAUACAAAGGAAAGUGGCUGGCGCCGCUCAUUAACAAUCCCAAUUAUAAAGGAAAAUGGAAACCUAGACUCAUACACAACCCCGAGUACUUUAACGAUGAACAUCCGUUUGAGAUGUUGGCAAUUAGCGGUAUCGGUUUUGAGCUGUGGUCGAUGUCACCUGACAUAUAUUUCGAUAAUAUUAUUAUAACGGACGAUGAGGAAGUUGCGAGGAAAUGGUCGGACGAUACCUUCGAGAUUCGACGUGUUAGGAUCGCCGAGGAAAGCGAUUCUUUGUGGGGUCGAAUGAUGAGAGCAGUGAAUUAUAAGCCAGGCUGGUGGGCACUGUAUUUCGUGUAUUGUGCGAUACCAGUUGUAGCUUACAUCUGGUAUCUGUACAAACGAUGUCGUGAGGAUAAAUCGGAAAUAAAAGAAGAAGAAGAUAAACAGCUGGUUACAAACGAUGAUCUCGCAGAACCUGCGGACGAUGAAUCGCCGCAAGCAUCAGUUCGUAAACUUUCUCUUGAGAAGCCCAUUAAGGAAAAAGAUAAUAUAGAAGAUAAAGAGGAAGAUACAGAAGAAGUAAUCAAGAGCGAUAAGCUGUCGGCCGGUGGCGAAGGACCACGUCGAAGAAAACCAAAUAAAGAAUAAAAAGAUAAAAGUUCUAAAAAGCAAUUAUUAUUGCGCUAUUUAUGUAAUACUAUCACAUUCCACACAUUACACUUGCCACCACUGUGGAUAGUAGGGUUACCAAAUCACCAGCGAAUCCAGUCACUGCGAUGUGAUCAAUAGUAUUUAAUUCAAUGUCAAAGGAUACUGACACACUUGACAUCGUAUAUAAAUUAUCACUGAUAUAUUUGAGAAAGUUGUUCUUGAAUUACAUACGCUUUUAUAUAAUGAAUAAUGUAUGAUGCAUCUGUAUUCUAAAAGAAAAAAUUGCAAGAUUACUGUCCGUUAGAGAACAGAAGAUGCCUUAAUAGCACACGAUAUUUAUGCAUUUGUGUACUUCUUAUUAUGAUGGUUAUAAUCUUUUGAAAUGUAGCGUUAAGAGAAUAGGCCCGUUUUGCUCGGUACAUAGAUUCAAUAACGCAAUCGGAUAAAUUAGUAGAUGAUUGUAGAGAAAUAUCGGCCGCAAUUACAAGUGAAGCGUAUGAAUAAGAGAGAGUGAGAAAGAUGUGUCAUUUAAUAGAUACCAUGUGCUUCAACUAUUAUGGUGGAGCCGAGUGCAGCUGCAGUUCAGCUCUGUCUGGUAUUUUAUAAAUGUGCAAAUUGGAUUUUGUUUCUCCAAUAUUUCGAUAACUCUAGGCAUAGCUGCUUUCCCUAAAAUAUUGUGUUAUAUAUAAUUAUUAUAAAAAUGCAUGAUGGAAAAUAUAAAAGAGAAAGAGUUUAGGAAUUAUUCACCUGCGAUGUAAGUGUUUAUUUAUGCGGAGCAUCGAUCUGCCACCAUAAUAGUUGAAUGAGAGAUAACAAUUUGUCAUUAUUAUUAAUUAUUUCAUGUAAUAUUCGUCAAUUUCAAUGUGUUAUAGAAUUAUUUGAGUUAAAAAUAAGCCCACACGGUACACAUUAAUAUAAUCAGGUACUACGUUAUUUGUAUCGAUUGAUUGUGAACGAAAUAAAAUCCAAAGAGAUAAA